GGGGGGAUGAAAGAAACUCAUGAAGAAACAGAGGCAGAGAGAAACUUGGAAGCAAUACUGUCUCUACAAGGAAAGGCUAUGAUAUUGUGGCAGGUCUGGGAUGUUAGUGCUGCAGCUGAAGAACCCACUGCUCUGUGACUCCUCUUUAAACACCAGACCUUCAGAAGAUCAGAUGACAUGAGGCACCAGUACAAUCAACACACAUGAAAUGGCGGAGGCAGCUACUGCGAAAACAAAAGGAAAUGUGAAACCAGCAGCAACAGCAAAGCAGCCAAAAAGAUUCAGUCGAGUCAAGAAGUUAUUCCAACGGAAUAAAAGUGUACCAAAGGCAGCCCCAGGGAAAAAGCCAACAUUUAAGGAAAGGCUCGUUGGGGCAAAAGCAAUCCUCUAUUCUCCGUACGCUCUAUAUGCUGCCAUGAUGGUUCUUGUGGGCUGCAUUGUUGUCUCAAGUAUUAUGAUCGUCUUGUACAACCGUGAAAUGAAAAAAAGAACCAUCUUUCUCAAAGGAGUGAAUGAGAUUUCAGAUUACAUGGGCAGGAAGUAUCCAGAUCUCCAGAGUUUGGAAGAUGUUGACAGAAUUAACAUAGCUACGAAUUUAUCAUUGAGGCUGACUGAAGAGAACAAAAAAAAUAAGGAACUGCAAGUUGCAAUUGAUGACAUUUUGGGAAGGCUUGAGCAACAUUGGACGGUGUAUAACAAGAGGUUAUACUUGUUUGAUAUCUUUAAACCACCCAGAACUUGGCAAGACUGUGCAGAUUAUUGUGUGGGAAAACCUUUCUCCGGAAUGAUUAAUGUUGAAAGUAGAGAUGAGGAGUUAUAUUUGGAAUCACAACUCAAAGGCUCAACUUCUGAUUUCUGGAUUGGAAUGUAUAAAAGGGGUCACGCCUGGUCAUGGAUUGAUGCAACCCAUCGGUUUGAUGAAAAAUACUGGAUGUCUGGGCAGCCAGAUAACAAGGGCUUUGCACGUCCAGGAACUGAGAACUGCGUUGGACUAAUUAAAAAUUGUGCUACCCGGCUGAAAUGUUGGCAUGAUGCCCCCUGCUCUUCUAAAAAAAAAUGCAUUUGUAAGAUGCUUCCUCAACAGAAGUGGCUUACAUGAAACUGGAUUCUAAGAUCUCUGUAAAAAAACAACAACCAAUGACGACGGAAAAAGCCCACCCCCUUAAAAAAUAAAUAAAUGCAGAGGCAACUAAAAUGGGUGGUUAUUCAGCUCAACGCUCUGACAUCAGGUCCUAAGAAUACAUCGCUUCUGCUUUCUUGAGGCUUAAAGAAGACACCUUAUUUGCCAACUGCAAAAACUUAAGUAGCUUCAUGAAAUAAAGCAUAGAAGAAUCCAACCACA